AUGGAGCCAAGUAGUCACUUGAAUAAUCAUACCAUUUCAUGUAGAAAGGAUGGUAUUCCAGAUUCUAGUAGUUUUUUAAGUAACUCUGCAUUAUUUGGUAAUUACCGUGGCAAUUUGGGAAGGCAACAGAGAAAAAGUAAUUCCACCGUUCAAAGUAGUUCUUUUGGAAUAUUGAAGCGAACACUGAGCUCGAGGGUCCAGUCAACUUGGAAGUAUUCAGGUUCUUGUAAUAAUGUGCAUGAAAAGGUUGUGCCAUGCAUGUAUUCUCCAAGCCCUAGCUCCCCGGUAAAUGAUGUUCUUGUUAAACCAAGUGGCUCAAGUACUAUAUGUGUCCCUCAACUGGCUUCAAAUUCUGCAUUUAUUCUGGCCGUGACUUCUAUCUCAGUUGCUGAACCAUUUGUUGGGAGGACAAAUGCAAUUUCUUUCCAGCCUAGAUAUGUGAUCAGCAAUGCCUGCAGCAAGGAAAUUAUUUAUAAACAGAAGGGCACUGAUGUAACAUUUUAUCUAGGAAUAGGAGAACAUGCUCAUCUUCACUGGACUGAUACGAGCAGGGAGCUGCUUGUUUCAAUUUGUUAUAAUGAAACGGGAUGGCAGUGGUCUGGCAGCUUUUUACCAGAUCAUCUGGGUGAUACACAACUGAAAAUGAGAAACUUUGUUUUUGGCACUUCAAGCAUGAUACGAGUUGAAGUUCAAAAUGCUGACAUAUCAAUGGGAGAUGAAAAGAUAAUUGGAAACGUCAAGGGAAACUCAGGGACCAACUUGAUUCUCUUGUCUGAUGAUGAUACAGGAUAUAUGCCAUACAGAAUCGACAAUUUCUCGAAAGAGGUCUGUCUGUAG